AUGGCUACCAGUCGUAAAAAGAUCCUUCUUAAAGUUAUCAUACUUGGUGAUAGCGGUGUUGGUAAAACGUCGCUCAUGAAUCAGUAUGUAACACAACGGUUCAGUAACCAAUACAAAGCAACGAUCGGUGCUGAUUUUCUUACGAAGGAAACGGUAGUCGAUGAUCGAGUCGUUACUCUUCAAAUUUGGGACACUGCCGGUCAAGAACGUUUUCAAUCUUUGGGUGUUGCUUUUUAUCGCGGUGCCGAUUGCUGUGUACUGGUUUAUGAUGUUACGAUGCCAAACACGUUUAAAACUCUGGAUUCGUGGAGAGACGAGUUUUUGAUUCAGGCUAGUCCCAGGGAUCCUGAGAACUUUCCAUUUAUUUUGAUCGGAAACAAAAUUGAUCUACCUCAACGCGCAAUCACGGAGAGACGGGCUCAACAAUGGUGCCAAGCAAAGGGAAAUAUUCCUUACUUUGAGUGCAGUGCUAAGGAAACAACAAAUGUCAAGGACGCUUUUCAGGAAGUAGCGCGUGUUGCUUUGGCACAGGAAAAUGAGCCUGAUACCACAAACGACUGUCCCGAUCAAAUUCACCUUGGAACCCCAAGGCCGAAUCAUCACAGCAAUUGUGGCUGUUAA